GGGCGGGCAACUUUGCGACGUCACAGUCAUCGCACAUCGAGAUGAGUAGGGCAACUAUCGAACAGUCUCUGACCGGGCUCAUUCCAACGCUCAAUGGACCUCUGCCACCAGAGCUGGUGGAAUUAGCGCUCUCGUUGCUGACGCGCUCGCGAAACGUUGCUACUUCGCUGAAGCCUGACGAGGAAAUAGCACGGCCAUAUGCAUGCGCUCAAAUGGCUUGCGAGAGGCUGAAGAACCGCCUCAACCUGCCAGCAAUUUCGUCCCGCCCGCCAUGCCCACCCCGAAUCUACAAGAAGCUAUACAACUACCUCAGCAGCGCGCUACCCGCCCCCACGACUGCUCGGGAACCUGAAACCCCUCGUAAACCAACGAAUUCGGCACCUGCAUCAGCCCUCAAUACGCCGAAGAUUCCCCUGAGUGGAAGAAAAACACCACGAAGUGUAAAGCAGGGUGACGAGAAGAGAGAGGGUGCUCCUGAGUGGAUCAUGCCCACAAUACGUUCCCUCUUGAAGGCGUUUGAUUAUCCAGGUGCUGCGCCGCACAUCUACGCAGGCGUCGAAUCCAUCUUCCCUCUGCUGGCGCGCAUGUCUGCCGCUGCUCACGACACUCCGAGCAAGCGACCGCGACGAGCGGUGACUGCAUCACAGGCAUCUCUACCAAGUGUCACGGAUGUUCGAAUACUCAGCCUUAUAACUGUGAUAUUUCUGUAUGUCUUCACGCGGAUGAAGGACCAGGAUGUCACACCUGAGCAGUACGAUGACUGGCGAGAAACAGCGGUGAACACGCUGCUAGGACUCCCAGCCGGCCAAAAUACUACAUAUGAAGAGCUGUCUGCAGAAACGGAGCAGAUGAUGCCCAUGGCACAAGAAGAGGGAUGGUUGCAAAUGGAAUGGUUCAUAAACGUCACACCUCAGGGGGAUACGUACGAGAUGGAAGAUACUGAAAUGACGGAUAGCACCACACAGUUUGCAUUGGGCAAGAGCAAAGGACUUAAAUCUGGUAGAAGUGACUGUAUCGGCCUGGGUACCAUGAUGCAGGAUGCUACUGAUUACCUUGGCGAGCGCCAGCUGGAGGAUUACAAAAAGUGGAAGGCUAAUAUUAUGGCUCGUGUGCAAGAUAUUGAGACAGUCUGAAAUCUGAAAUCGAGCAAUGGCAGUUAUUGCUUGCAACAAAUACAGGACUACCUCAGCCGACCUCGUCACUUGAUUCCAGUUUGCUGUUUGCAAAAAUUACGGGCGUUUACUCUUACUAUAUAACCAUCGUUAGGUACCCUCUACCCCGGAACUAACCCACAUCGACAUCGACAUUUACAAUCAGCAUGCCACCAAGUCUUAUCGUGAAGCUGAAAAGUGAGCAUUUCCAGCAC